AUGCCGAUGGUAACGCUGGUAUCAAUGCCGCUGAUGACAGACAAUGCCGCUGAUGACCAACGCGGCAAGCCACCCAGCCGCCGAUGUCGUGUGCAGCCAGCAAGCAGCAAGCAACGAUCCGGCCCAGCCAUUUCCAGCGGACGCCGCUCCGCGCCCCCCAAAAUGGCCACCACCAUCCGCCAUCUGCUACCCGUUCGCGACUCCAGCACCGUUCCCGGCAACCGAGGAUCCAAUGAGACCCAAAGGUCUCCCUUCGGUUGCCGGAAUGAUGGCAUACGGGGCGGAGGGCUCAGGCAGCUCGGCGAUCGACGUCCACGGCAUCUCGGCCCAGGGAAACCCGGCCUGCCCGAUGAAGAUGAACUCAGGAAGUCAUUAUCAGAAUUGGUGGAUGAUAAAUUUGGUGCCAGUGCAAAGAAAAUCACAAGGAUAGUUGAUGGCAGUAACCCUUUCCUGGAUGCUCCCCAGGCCCAGAAUGCUGUUACCUACAAGCAUGGCAUCCUCACUCGGAAAACUCAUGCUGACAUGGAUGGGAAGAGAAUGUCACAGGAUGAAUAUAAACCUGAUAAAGAUCUUUCUGAAGUAGAUCUAAAGAAUGCUAUUCGCAUUCAUCAUGCCUUAGCCACAAAAGCCUCGGAUUAUAGCAAAAAAUCCAAUGUGCUGAAACUGAAGACAGCAGACUGGAGAGUGUUUCUCUUCCAAGCUCCAAGUAAAGGGGAAAUGCUGUCAUGGAUCCUGAGAAUAAACUUGGUAGCUGCCAUUUUUUCUGCCCCUGCAUUUCCAGCUGCUAUUUGCUCCAUGAAAAAGUUCUGCCGGCCUCUUUUGCCAUCUUCAUCAACUAAACUCUGUCAGGAAGAACAGCUACUGUCCCAUGAGAAUAAAAUGAGGCAAAUUACAGAUGAAUUAACUGAACAUAAACUGCAUCCUGUAGUGAAAUGCCUGAAGUCAAAAGAGACUGAAGAAUAUCGUUUGAAGGAACAUUACUUAAUAUUUGAGAAAAACCGAUAUGAGACAUAUAUCAACCUCUUAUGUGCAAAGAUAAAAGCUGGAACAGAUGACCUGGAAAGAAUUGAAGCCAACCUCUUCACAAUGGAGACCCAGGAUAUUUCUUUGAGGAAGACUUGCUCCAGUCCUUCUAUAACCCAAGGGCAGUUGUCUGUUGAAAGCAGUAAGGCAGAAAAAGACACUCUAGAGCCAAAUACUUCACACACAGGGAGUCAAUAAGAGAGAGCUGGUUCUCCUUAUCUGCCAUCCAUGAGCACAAUAAUUUCUCAGAUAUAGAGUUACAUCAAUAGAAAGAAUUCAACGGUGUUUUAGUUUACACUAAUUCUAUUCUGGUGCUUAUGUUUUUGGAAUUAGGCCACCCAUUUCCCAUAGAUGGGCUGCAUAGGUCUUUGGCCCACUGCUUGUCUUUGUGAGUACUUGCAUUUUGCAAUGAACAACAUGUGUGAAACUAUGAUAGCAUGGGAACCCAACUGAAUUCAUUUCUUUGUUAAAAAAAAUUACAAGUGAAAUGGUGGUUCCACAGCCCUUGCAAUAGAUUUGCAAAGAAAAUAUUGAAACAGUGGGAAGAUUUUUAUUCAUUGCUGAUAAGAGGUUCUGGACUGGACAGGGUAUCUGUUGAAUCACAUUUCCACAUGAAUUGUAAAAACUAUAUUACUAUACCUUCCUACUGCCAAACACAGGUGUAGUUGGUUUCAGAUAUAUAAACUUGCAAUCUAACAUAGGCCAAAACAAUAGCAGGAAUAAAAUUCCUUUAAUAUACAGGGAACUCUUAGCAAGACUAAGUAAUGUUUUGAAAAGAUAAUAGUUUUUUUCCCUUUCUAUUUCUAAUAAAAUUCCAUUUGACUUUGCUGCAGUAAAAGCUGUUAUUGCUAUGCUCUCAGCCUCUGUAAAUAGCCAAUUCACAGCUCUUGUUCCUGUUCCUUCUGCUUCUUCUUCCUGGCCAUCCAAGCAUCUGAAAGAUAACCUGUGUGUGUGAUGACCGUAGAAAACUGAGUUGCAGUCACAGUUAGUUGUACAUAUUCCAUUUUGCUGUAAGCAUAAAUAUACUUGCAUAAUGGGAUGUUGUGCUUCUGUUCCUUUCUUACUGUGAUAAAAGUGGUUUUUAAGACCUCCAGCACUUUAUUUAUGGAUUGAUUCAUCAUCUUUUUUUCUAUACAUUUUUCACAGUAAAUCAAGUUCCAGUUUUAAAGGAUCUUGUAGCUGCUAAUUACAGUAAUUUACAGUUUAUAUUUUUGCAGCUUUUUAAAAUAAAGAUGAUAAAGAGAUUUCUUUGGAUUCUCACAGCUUUGGAGAAUUUAUAAAUGAUUGCGUUUCCAUAUUUCUUACCACCGAGGGAUACCAUCCUCUUUGUCACCAAAUUUUUAAUCAUAAUUUUUGUAUAGUUUGAUAAUUUUAUUUGAAAGAAUGCACUAAGAAUUAUGUACAAAUAAAUACUAAAACUGUUAAUAAAG